GAGCACAGUAAAUUUGAUGUAAUUAGUCUCUAAACUUAGCAUUUUUCUUGUUUUUCAAGCUUAGCUUUGUUUUUUACUUGCAGCAUACUUUAUUUUUAUUCUUACUAAUAGAUAAGAAGUGGAUAAGCUGCUGUUCAUUUGCUGCCUUCGGCCUGUGAGUUUUACAUUUGAAUCAACUUCCAGCACUUUCUGUGACUGCGAGCUUCAUAUUUUUCUGGCGCUUGUUGGGUCGGUGGUGAAGGCGCUUCUCGUGUCCGGAGCUCCCUGCGAAGGGUGGUCAUCAGCGGACGUUAAGAGCACCCUCCAGACACUGAGGAAAGAGCACAAGAAGACGUAAAAAAGAAGUCUGUUGCUGAUAAGGAAGAGAGGAUAACUUAACUCACCCUAAAAGGACACUAGUGAUGGCUGAGGCACCUCAGCAGGAACGGCCGCAGCAGCAGGACGAGGAGGUGGAGGAGGAGGAGGAGGAGGAGGAGGAAGAAGAAGAAGAGCAGGAAGAAGAGCAGCAGCAGCAGCUACCAAGCUCUGUGGAGACCAUAGAUCCUGAUGAGAGCUCAGAGGAACCGAAUGAAGUCGUCAAAACAGCUCGACCACUUCUCUCCAUGAGGUCCAUGAGCACCGUGCACCCAGAUGAUGACUAUCCGAACAUGAUUAUUUACCGAAAGAUUGAAGACAUUGUCACUCGUAUCCAGGACGAGACAGAGGGUGUGCCCAUCAGAACCGUCAAAAGUUUCAUGACCAAGAUCCCCAGUGUUGUUACAGGUGCAGAUAUAGUACAGUGGCUGAUGAAGAAUUUGACCGUAGAGGAUUCAGCUGAGGCCAUGCACAUUGGGAGUCUGAUUGCAGCUCAGGGGUACUUUUUUCCCAUUUCUGAUCACGUCCUCUGCCUCAGAGAUGAUGGCACUUUAUACCGCUUCCAGGCACCAUAUUUCUGGCCAUCCAACUGCUGGGAGCCUGAGAACACAGAUUAUGCUAUCUAUCUGUGCAAGCGCACCAUGCAGAAUAAGACGAGGCUGGAGCUGGCAGAUUAUGAGGCGGAGAACCUAGCAAGACUACAGAGGGCCUUUGCGAGAAAGUGGGAGUUUAUCUACAUGCAGGCUGAGGCGCAGGUCAAGAUCGACCGAAAAAAGGAUAAAAUUGAGAGGAAAAUCCUUGACAGCCAGGAGAGAGCCUUCUGGGAUGUCCACAGACCAGUGCCUGGAUGUGUUAACACCACAGAGAUGGACAUAAGGAAAUGUAGACGCAUGAAGAAUCCUCAUCGAGUUAAAAAGUCAGUGUAUGGUGUGGUGGAGGAGGGAACACAGUCGCAGAGUCCCAUACACACUUUGCUGCACCACUGCCGAAAAGGGACAAAAGAGGAUGUAGAAAAAGAGAUCUUAUUCCUGAACACCCAGCUAGAUCGCCAUUGUUUGAAAAUGUCCAAAGUAGCUGAAAGUCUGAUAACCUACACUGAGCAGUUCAUGGAGUAUGACCCGUUUGUGACCACACCAGAACCAUCCAAUCCUUGGACCAGUGAUGAUCCCACUCUCUGGGAUCUGGAGAUGAGCAAAGAGCCUAGUCAACAAAGGGUAAAGAAAUGGGGUUUCUCCCUGGAGGAGGCCCUAAAGGAUCCAGCGGGACAGGACCUGUUCCUCAAGUUUUUAGAGUCCGAGUUUAGCUCGGAAAACCUGAGAUUCUGGCUUGCAGUACAGGGUCUGAAGAGUGUCCCCCAGCAGGAUGUUGCACAGAGGGUGCAAGACAUUUGGGCAGAGUUUCUGGCAGAGGGAGCACCCAGCUCCAUCAACCUGGACUCACAUAGCUAUGAAAUCACCAGCCAGAACCUGAAAGACCCUGGACGAUAUAGCUAUGAGGAUGCCCAGGACCAUAUUUACAAACUGAUGAAAAGUGACAGUUAUCCACGUUUCUUACGCUCCAGUGUGUACCAGGACCUGCUAAUGGCAAGGAAGAAACCUGAAACGGAUCAGGGGCGACGCACCUCCUUGGAGAAGUUCACUCGCAGUAUGGGCAAGUCGCUGACAGGCAAACGACUCACAGGCCUCAUGCAGUCAUCCUGACAAGGUCUGGAUCCAGAAAAGGAGGAUUCAUACCCAAAGCAGAUGCUUGCAGAUGAGAAGCUUUAGGAAAAAGACACUUGUAUGGGUGGGUGUAGCAUUGGGAGGAUUGAUGAGGGUGCCAAACAAGCUAAGACUGCUGAGAUGGAAACCCAACACAUUUGGAUCUCACCUUAGAUAAAGGGAAGAGGACCAACAGCAUGCAAUAAGUCACCAGACCUGGCACCAGGGGAUUUCUAUUAUAGUACAGACGAUUUACCGCAACUCUGCUUUGGAGGUUUCCGCUCAGAAGCCUGUAUCGAACAAGACUAGACGAUUUUUCUCUAACUAAACUCAUUUUAUUGUGGUAGCUGAAGAGGUUAAUGCUUUACUUUUAGUGAUCUUUACACGGAAUGCUUGAAUACCUUGACUGGUGUCAAAUUGAGACUUAGAUUAAUGCUGUAGCUUGGUGUUUUAUCUCACUUCACUAGGAUGUAAAAAGGGAAAGCGGAAUGACGGGUUUACCGUGAUCAACACUUGAAAAAAUGACAGGUAGAGUAGUGCAUCAACAUUUUAGUAAAUGGUGAUAAAUAUUAGUAAUUUGUUUCUUUCCUAUAGAACAAAGGAAAAUUUAAAAUUUGUACUGCUCAGAGGCAAAGGGCAUGCCAAUACUGGUUGCCAAUAUUUUAACCGGUUUCAAAGACACAUUUAUUUCCAUAAUGUUUAGUUUUAGCAAAGAUGGCAAACAUCAGUUUUAACCUAAUGAGUUUUGUAAUUUCCUUAGGAAGGACUCUUAUUUUUAACAAGCAGCUGUCAUUUUUAUGUUCUGGCACCAGGUAGAUAAGCCCCCCAGAAAAAAUUCAAUAAAUACCGACUAAAUCAAAUAGUAUUUUUAUUUGAGAUGUUCAUCCCUUCUUACAUAUAUAACAUAUAUAUGACUGACCUUUAAGGAGGACCAGAUUAUGCGCAAACAGGGUUUAGGUAAUUAAUUUCAUUUCUCUCAAUACAUACAGUUCCAAUUAGCAAAUCAAAUCUUCUCAUCAUUACCAUAAAUAUCAUAGAUAUUUUUUGGCUUUUAAUGAUUUCCUUGAACCAUUAUUUUAUAUUUCUUCUGAGGAGGAAAUGAUAAUACAAUAUUCAAUAGCAAUUAUAAAGAAAACAAAACUUGUUUAUAAAUUUUGUUUUACUCUGUGUUUCUCUUGAUUCUCACAGUAUUGAAAAAUAUAUACAGUCUUAUAUCAAACAUACUGUUCCAGUCGUAUUUGAUUAUAUGUUCAAUAGCAAGUUUGUACCAAUCAACCACAAAUGUUUCCCUAUUAUCCCAAAACGCACACCAAAACCGAUUUUGUAAUGGAAAAAGCAGGCUAAUGUUAAGCUUUUUGAAAAGCUUAACUAUUGAAUAUUUGUGGACUGCGUGUAAAGAGGUGUGUAAAGGUAUAUGCCUGGAAAUCAACUAAAUGGAAUGAGUUCUACCAGUUCUGCCAAGAGCUAUGUCAUAUUCAGCGAGAUUUUUGACAGAAGCCUGUUGUGGACUACAAAAUCUAAGUGGGGGUGUAUGUACAGGUACAUUAGGAAAAUUUGAAUAUGAUAAAGCUCAAUAUUUGUUUAGAAGGUUAGUCAUAAACUCAACUCAUAAAUUCAUUCAUGCUUCCUUCUGCUGAAAACCAUUAUGGAGGACUUGGCAUCUGCCAACACUGCCACAUGUACCAAAAGCUGGUUCAAAGACCAAAUGUUACUGUGCUUGAAUGGCCAAUAAACUUGCCAUUACUGAACCACAGAGAGAAUCUAUGGGGUAUUGUCAAGAGGCAGAUGAGGCACUUGACCCAACACUGCAGAUGACCUGAAGGUCGCUAUCAAAGCAACUUGGGCUUCCUUUAAACCUCAGCAGAACCACAGGCUGAUCGCCUCAAUGCCACACCACAAUGAUGCAGUAAUUCAUGCAAAAGAAGGCCUAACCAAGUAUUGAGUGCAUAGAAAUCAAAAUACUUUUUAGAAAUGACAUUUCUGUUUAAAAUAAUCCUUUUUUAUUGGUCUUUUGUAGUAGCCUGAGGCACUGAACUUUUGGGUUUUCAUUAUCUGUAAGCAAUCAUAAAAAUGACAAGAAACAAAGCCUUAAAAUAUUUUACUCUAUUUAAUUAAUCCAUAAGAGUUUCACUUUCUGAAAUAAGUGACAAAAACAUGAAACUUUUUCACAAUAAUAUUUGUUUAUGUACUUGUAUGUAUAUCACCCUGUAUGUAAAACUUUGAACCUGCGUUGAUUACAUCAGUGUCUAAAAUAAAUUCCAAUCUGUUCAUCCAAUUUUUUACUGAAGUUGUAUGUUGUAUAUUACUUCAACACGAACACAGAACAGGACAUAUUAAUAAUUAAAAGCCGAAAAUGACAGAGAUCCCGAUGUUGAGUGUAUGUAACCCUCUGACCACAAGUGGACACAGUGGUAUAAAUAGGCUGGUGGGUAAACGUAAAAGAAAUGUGGCUUAACUGAUCUUCUUUCCCCAGUAUCUUUGUUUUCUAUACCUUUAAGACACUCUUGGAAGCUCUUCAACCGCCAAUCUAGAAAUUAAAGUGUCCCAUGCCACUGGGUGCCCCACACAAACAGUGCAGGGAGUUUUUUUUUAUUUGUAAUGGGACAUAUUAAAUUAACAAACAUCUUAAAAUUCUAUUAGUUGAAGUUUAACUUUUUAAAUAUAUUUCUUAAUUUUCUUACAAAUUGCCACUAAAGAACACUUUAUUAUGAAACAUCAAUAUUUAGGAAGGUAAAAUUUUUUUUUCUAUUAUCGGGCCUGUUUGAGCAGUGACUGUAACCCAUGAUCCAAAAUGUCUGAGGGAUUUGUAAAAGUUGAGAGAAAUGAAAUUGAUUACCUAAACCUGAAAAAAGUGAUAUUGCUUACUUUAUUAAACUAAGUUUGCACAUUCAAUAUAAAUGUGCAAUACAAAAGCAGUAUUGACACUAGAUAUCUACUUAAUCACAGGUGCAUCAGUUCUUACUUGACCAUAUAGAUGCAGAAGCUCAAACAGCUGUGUUAUUGUAAACCAGUUCUGUGGAAAUGAUUGUACGCUUUAUUUUGUCUUCUAAACAUUCCACUUCAAGCAGCCACAGUGAAAAUUUGUGGGCUGGUGUCUUACCAUCUUUUCACCCUAUGUAAAGAGGACCAUGAUAAUAAACAGGAAUGCACAAUGAA